UUAACUGGAUAUAAUACUGCCAUUAUGUCUAAUAAAUACCAUCAAAGUACCACUCUCGCACAGAAUCAGUUGAUACAAUGGCUCAACGAAGCAGGAAUGGCGGAGGGCAACAAGAAGGCAGAUUUACUAAGAAAAUCCAUAGAAAUCCUUUUACAUCAAACGCCUCAGAUGAUCCCUGUAUAUAUGGACAAUAUAUUAAGUUGUGUUAGUGAUAAAUCUACCGACGUUAAAAAAAUUGUUGUUGGUUUCAUUGAAGAGUUGAGUAAAAAACAUCCAGAUCACUUACCCAAGGUGGUCAGUCAGCUUCGGCUUCUCCUCUUAGACAAUGUGAUUGCCGUACAGAAGAGAGCCAUACAGGCUGCCAGUAUUGUGUAUAGAAAUACAUUAACAUGGAUUUGUAUGAGUGAUGCUGAGUCAACUGAGUUACAGUUCGUUUGGGAACAUGUUACACAGUUGAAGCUGUUGGUUUUAAACAUGAUAGACAGUGACAAUGAAGGCAUUCGUACAAAUUCAAUUAAGUUUUUGGAGGAGGUGGUAUUACUUCAGAGCUCAAGUGAAGGUACAGACAAUGAAUUGAGUUUAGACAGCCUACCAAAGCAUCUGCCAUUCAUAAACAGACUAGCUCUUGAAGAGGAAUCAGAGCACAUAUUCAAGUUGUUAGUUAAAUUUCAUAAUUCACAACACAUUUCUAGUGUGAACUUGAUGGCUUGUAUGACAACUCUAUGCCUACUUGCAAAAUUACGACCCAAAUACUUGGCCCGAGUCAUACAAGCACUGGGCGACCUACAUACUACGUUACCACCGACAUUGUCACAAUCCCAAGUCAAUUCAGUAAGAAAACAUUUGAAGAUGUUGUUGAUAAACCUAAUAAAGCAUCCGUCAUCUAACGAAAUGUUGCCGCAACUUACUCAACUGCUCAUCGAUAUAGGCAUGACAACUCAGGAAAUAAACAAGGCCGUACCUAAAGAAAAAAGGAAUAAACGGUUGGGUGAAAUUAAGAAUGGAGAUACUCCUUCAAAAAGAAUUAGAAUAGACUCUCCUCAAAGUAAUAGUCAAGAAAGUGACAGUAACAGUAACAGUCGGAGUGAUUUUAAUCUUUUUGAAGAAGACAGCAAUCAGUCUAUGCUGAAAUCUUCAGUUACAGAAGACACACUUUUUGAAGGUUUGAACAAUGUUGAUAAUGUCGUCAACCUUGUAACGAAUACAUUAUUAAAUACACUUCCCAAUGAAAUGCCCAAUUAUUUUCUUAAUGCUUAUAAACCCAUACCUAACUCGGGGAGCAAAGCACAAAAGAGGAAUUUAGCAAAAAUGUUGUUGUCCCUAAUUAAAGAUGAACCAGUUGUUCCACCGGUGGAUGAGCGACCAUCUCUGUCAGAUAUUGCUGCUAAAAUUCCUUUACUUAGAGAUGAUGAUGAGAAAAUGACUCUAAAAAAUGCUGUUGCUAAGUUACAAGAGUCCACAAAAAUAGAAAGAAAAGUUGAAAGUGCGGUUUCUAAACUAAUGGAAGAGACACGUCAAGAACAGUUAAAAGAAGAGGAGAGAAGAGCUAAAGAAAAAGAAAAGAUUGUACCCCCACCUACACCUACAGUUCCUAAAUUAAAACAAAAAGUCAAACUGUUGAAAUUACAAGAAAUAACUCGUCCCAUACCCAAAGAAAUAAAAGAGAAGUUAAUGAUUCAAGCAGUUGGAAGAAUUUUACACGCGGAAAAGGAAAGUGCUAUCGGUGGCGCCUCUCAAAUUCGAUCAAAGUUUAUAACUAUUUUUGCAUCAAGUUAUACACCAGAAAUUCGAAAUCUAGUUCAAAAUUAUAUAUUAGAAGACCCAUUGAACAGAAUAGAUUUGGCUAUAUCAUGGCUGUAUGAGGAAUAUGCUUUUAUGCAGGGAUUCAAUCGUCAUCCAGUGACUCUGCAGCCCAAAGUUCAUGAGAAACCUGAUCAGAAUUACAAUCAGUUGCUGUGUACACUUAUUACAGAAAUGUCAGAGGGAGGAGAUCUUGUAGUGGAAAACGCAAAAGAUGUAUUACUUAGAAAAAUAUAUGCUGAAGCUCCAUUAGUUACAGAUGAAGCUGUAGAUUAUUUAAAACAUUUAGUGACUGAAGAGAAGUUUGCAUUUCUAGCAUUAGAAAUAUUGGAAGAACUGUGUAUAAUGAGACCACCUCGUGCUCAUAAGUAUGUGCCAUCGCUCAUAUGCCAUGUCUUAUCGAGAAAUGAAGAAAUUAGGGAGAGUGCUUUAAAAUCAGUGGUCAAGAUCUACACUCGUAGUACAGAAUCUGUAAAGAAAGUGAUAGAGAAGCAUGCACUGUUAUAUUUAGGAUUCAUCUCACUAGGAAGUCAAACACCUGAAUUGCUCACCGCCAGACACGGCUUGUCGAUGCCAUGGAAUGAUGAGAUGUUCAAAAUGUGUUUAAAUUUGGUUAUGGCUCUGUUUCCUUAUAAUGAAGAGCUUAUAGUGGAAGUGGGUCGCGUGUACGGAUGUGCGGGGUCUGAGGCGAAGCGCGUGGUUCUUCGCGCGAUGGAAGGCCCGGUGCGGGCCGCGAUGGGCGCCGCUGGCGGCGAGCCGGCGUCGCCGCACCUACGGCCCGCAUUCCGGGCCCUGCUUGACGAGUGCCCACGUGGCGCCGAGACCCUCUUAACUCGACUCGUACAUAUAUUCACAGAGAAAGCGCCACCUAGUGCGGAGCUGGUGUCACGUGUGCGGGAGCUGUACGCAACGCGGGUAUCAGACGUACGGUUUCUUAUACCUGUACUCACGGGAUUAUCCAAGAAAGAAAUUUGUGCUGCGUUACCUAAAUUUAUCAAGUUGAAUCCCGUUGUGGUAAAAGAAGUUUUUAACAAGUUGCUGGGCUUACAAAAUAUUAAUGAGGAGAACUCACCAGUCACGCCCGCCGAGUUACUUAUAGAACUACAUUUAAUAGACCCCAACAAAGCGGAUCUGAAAUACAUCAUAAAGGCGACCGCACUGUGCUUUGCUGAGAAACUUAUAUACACACAAGACGUAAUAGCGGCUGUACUACAACGGUUGAGUGAAGAACCUGAAAUUCCGGUGUUGAUGAUGCGCAGCGUACUGCAGGGACUCACCCUGUACCCGGGCUUGGAACCACUCGUGGUCAACGUGCUCCAACUUCUCAUAGAGAAAGAGGUGUGGACGAACAAAGUGGCUUGGGAAGGCUGGAUCAAGUGCUGUACACGUCUGUUGCCCGGCUCGUGCACCCUGCUCUCUGUACUACCGCCACGAGCGCUGCAAAUAGCCCUCUCCUCAAUCCCGACAGCGCUACAGCCGCUGCGUGCUCACGUGGCUAAGCUGCCGCCACCUUUACCGCCACACCUCGCUGCUCUAUUACAUCAGGAUGCCCAGUAUACUCCACCGAUGAACCCGCUAGAACCACUGCCUCCAGGGAUGGAAUGACAAAAGUACCCAUACGAUGUCACUCAUGUCGUUAUGACCGGAUGACGCUAGUUACUUAGUUAAAUAUAAUGUUCAUAGUUAAUAAAACUAUGAACAUUAUAAUUAAAGUAUUAUUGAUGAAUUUACUUAUAUAAAUAAAUACAUCUUUUUCUUGGCUUACUUACCUUACACUGAAUUAAUGUUCUGAUAGUAUUGUAAAUUAUUAUAAAAUAAAAAAAUUGUUACAAAUAUAAAAUUCUUGUAGUUUUUAGUGAUGGUACAAGAUCUCAAAGAUGAUACUGGUCCCAUAAGAUUGAUUGCAACUUUUACUCUUAUAAAAUACUCGCCGAUUGUAAAAUUGUAAAGCAAUUUUGUAAUUUUAAAAUAAAAAGGUAGUAAAAUCUAAACAUUUUCUCUUAAUUGUUUAUUUUGACGAAACAUGAAUAAUAUUUUUUUACAAAAUAGAACAUAAGCAUUAAAUGAGAGCUGUUUGAAAUUUUUGUACAGCAAGGGUUAAGAAUUCAGACAUUAAAUAUUGUAUAUAAUAAUAUCGUGAAGUAAUUAAAACUCUUUCUGUAUAAAAUACAUUUGAUUCUGUGACAUUGCUAGAAGCAAUUCGGUUUCGAUCCACAGACAAAACUGCAGAAAUAAAAGUGACAUCCAGCGUAAUUAUAAUAUUGCAUUGAUAUAUCUACUGGAUUCAAUAAUUUAUACCAAUUAGCCUAUUCCAUAUAUUGGGACUUUUCUACUAGCAAUCUUGUUUAAUAUAAAUGUAUUUUAUAUAUAUGGAAGGUAUUUCAAUUGCAUAUGUUACAUAAUGAGCGUAAAAUAAAUGAAUGAAAUAUCA